AUGCUGUGGAUAUUUCGUUAUUUUCUUGCCUGUGUUUCGUUCACCAACCUUGUAACCGCUGGGGAUCAAUGCAGGAUAGAAAUUAAUAUUCAUGGCAUGGCUCUCAAAGGUUUCGUUUUCAAGAGAAUGACAGUAGCAGCUCCUCAUAUCUGUGAUUUCUUAUGUGAAAGGGAAAUUAUAUGCCAGAGCUACAAUUUCAACAGAAAAGAACAGAUCUGUGAGUUGAACAACCGCACAAAGGACGCAAGGCCCGAGAAUUUCCGCUCGGAUCCAGCGUGGUUUUAUAUUCGUCGUUUGAGCGGAAGAGUUCCCUUGGGUUCGAUUCCAGAGUUACCAGCACGUUCAUGUCAAGAGAUAAAAGCAAACGAAGGGAAAGACACCGCGAGCAACAAAUACUGGCUGGAUCCAUCUGGCACUGGGAAGGGAAUUCUGGUUUACUGUAAUAUGCAUUUGGAAGGAUUUACAGCUGUUUUUACAAAUCUUGGUAAGAGUGGAACAAAGGGUCCAGACUCAGUUGGCAGUCACUACACAG